AUCAUCAUUCAUACAUACAAAUUCAGGUACAACACUCAAUUACAUUAUUACAAAAUAUUUAUUUAAGUAAAAUUAUAUUACUUCUUAAUUUUGUUAUUAUUAACAAUGGAGAAAAAUAGUAUUAGAGCCUCCAUUGUUGCAAUGUUAUGCAUGGGAAUGUGUUUCUAUGUGGGAAAUGCUGGUGAUCCUUCUCUUCUUCAGGAUUUCUGUGUUGCUGUAACUCAUCCUUCUCACUCCCCAGUGUUCAUCAACGGAAAAGUGUGCAAGAAUCCAAAAGACGUAGAAAUGUCGGACUUCGUAUACAAAGGAUUCAACAUACCCGGAAACACAAACGACAACCCACAGCAAGCAAAUGCAACUCUCGUAGACAUCAACCAUUUCCCGGGCCUAAACACAUUAGGAGUGUCAUUCGCUCGUGUAGAUUUCGGUCCAUUCGGCCUAAACACGCCUCAUUGGCAUCCUCGUGGGUCAGAAAUAUUCGCGGUGAUGGAAGGGAGUCUAUACGCAGGUUUCGUGACAACAGAUAAUAAGCUUUGGGAUACGGUCAUCAACAAGGGCGAUGUAAUCGUAUUCCCUCAGGCUCUGAUGCACUUUCAGCUCAAUCUUGGCGACACAAAUGCUUAUGCAAUUGCUGCUUUUGGUACUCAAAAUCCUGGCCGAGUUGAAGUUGCUAGUACUGUGUUUGGAAGUAAUCCUCCCAUUGCAUUUACUGAUGUUUUUACUAAGGCUUUUCAAGUGGGUGUUCAGGAUAUUCAACACCUUCAGUCCCAAUUUAAUAAUGAGACCACCUCUUUAGAAUAUGGAAGGUCCAUUCUCAAGUUGCUAUCCCAAAAACGAGCUUAAUAAAUCUGGUUUUGAAAUUGUUUUAAGUAAUUAAUAAUAAGAUUUGUUUUGUUUGAUUAAGAAAAAAAUAAAUAAUUAUGAGUGCUCAUAAUACUGGGAUAAUGUUAGAAUAAUGGUUUUUGUGUUUUGCUAGGUUUGCAAGGUUUUACUUUGUUUCCUAAAGAAUAAGAUUGUUAUACAUGUGUAACAAAGAUUAUAUUUUAAUGAUAAGUUUUAAUUUGUCUUUA